AUGAGCUUUGAUGAAUCUACAGAUUCUAUAUUGAGGGGGGCCGAUUUUGCCCAAGAGAGUGCCGGCAGUGUAUCUACAGAAGCAUUGAUCAAUGAGGAUUACAUUGGGACGUCUACUGGAUCUUUGGUGAAUAAAGAUGUGAGAGAAUUACUUGAUCAGGUUUUUGUUCAAGUGCCAGGGCGACGAGAAGAGGAUGAUGGUGUGGAUAAUGACAGUGAUAAUGGUAAUGAUUAUGAGGACAGUGAGGAUGUGGACAGGAAUCAACCACCGACAUCAUUUUUGUUGCCUGGAAGCGACAUGUAUCGGCCCCUCGAAACUAAUGGUGACAGACCUUCAGACUUGAGUCGUAAACCCUUGACAACGAUAGCAGAGGAUAUGAAUGAUGCCUAUGAUCAGGUACAAAAUUCGAGGAAAAGAAUGGGGCAACCUCAGGGAAAUCCUAUCUUUUCAUUGCUUUUUAAUAGGAUCCAAGUCUUCUUGUUGCGCAAUGGGAUGUCAUUGGAGUUUCUCAAAAUAUUUAAAAAAUACAUCGGCCAUAUGAUAGAAAAUGGCUUGGAUCCUCUAGAAGAUCAGUAUUUUUUGUCGUUACAGAAUGAACUCAGUGAAAGUUUUGAAUUUACCCCAAUGAUGGAGGAUAUUUUAAACAAAUUUCUGUUGAGACCUGAGAAUCUUAUCAUGAAAUUGAGCCUCUUUGAACAUAACAGUGCUCAUGAUCUUUUAAGACGAUAUAUGAAAACUUGGAAAUUACAUGGAGAACUAAAGAGAAGUUUAGCAAAAUUGGCAGGGCUUUGGCAUGAAUAUGUACAAAGAAAAUUUUUAAUAAAAUGGAACCAGAAAUAUGAAGAAUUUGCAUUACAUUGGGUUCACCAGUCCCAGGAAUUUAACAAAUUUACACUGGUUUCGUUUGGAUUUGAUAAGUGGCUUGACAAGAUAGAUUCUAAUGAUGCAAGAAGGGGUUUAGCUGAUCACUACUUCUUAAAUCACGUUUUCCAAAGGAUUAAAAAGAGGAGAAAUGCACUGGAUUCAAGAAAGCAUAGAUCUCGAGAUUUCCAUGAUGCUAAUGUUAUGAAGUGGACUUUGUCGAAAUGGAGACUUAACUAUCGCGAAACUCAAUUUGAAGGGACUAGUCCCAGUUUACAAAGGGGAAUAUUGGAGAGACUUAAGCAGAGAUUACAAUUUUAUCAAUCAAUGAACGAUCGUGCUGAUAUCUUCAAACACAAUUGGCAAAUUUCACCUUUCCUUAAGAAAUGGCAUGAAAGGACAAAAUCAUUAGAUAGUCAAUCAGCUCAUUUGAUGGAGUUAGAACAGAAAUUCAUCAAGGGGAAAACAAUAAGAAUCUUUAAAGAUCAAUUGGGAAGAAGGCGACAAGAGUACGCUGUCUCGGAACAUCUCGAUACAUUGUUCGUAAGAUUUGUAUUACAGGAAUUAUGGUUUAAAAGGUUUCAAGAGCGACUUCACCUUUAUUCUCUGUGGAGUAUUCAAAAUGAACGAAUAGAGGGUAAAUUUUUUGCUCAGUGGAAGAAAAGACUUUUUACUGAUUUAAAAGCCGUUGAACUUGCGAGAACACAUGCCCUCAAGUGGCACUUAGGCAAAUGGAGAUCUGAAUUGAAGUGCAAAUUAUUUAUAGCGAAAAGAUCUCAAAGACAACAAGAAGCCGCUUUCAACAAAUUUUCAGAAAGGGCUGCUUUGGAAAAAAGAGCACGUAAAUUCCAGACCGCUUUCUUGUUGAAGCCAAUUUUUUCGCAAUGGGCCAGCCGCCGAAAUGAAGAUAUACGGCUUCGAACCAUAGCUGAUAUGAGUCACGAACAAGUGCUGAAAAUUCACUUCAUGAUUUAUUGGCACCAUAAGCUAAUUUUCCUUAGAGAACUAAAUCAAAGAGCUGAAAUAUUGCAGAGACUGCGGGCAGUCAUGAUGGUUAAAAAAGGUAUCGCCCACUUCCAAGAAGUGAAAAAAUUGGGAGAUUCAUUUGCUAAGUUAAUGAUCUCAAAGGUCUUCUUAUCCAAACAUUUUAACAUAUGGAGAGGACAUUUGGCACUUAAGAAUCAGCAGAGGCUGCAAGAUUUGUUGCAGAGUUAUGAACAAGAGCAGCAAUUUCAAUUGAAAUCAAACUUUUUCAGUUUAUGGAAUCGAAAGAGUCACUUUUACCAAGAUGUUUGUAUUUCGAGAGCAGAUGAAAUACGUCAAAGGUCCUUGCAAAGAGUGACUCUCAAAGCGGUUAGACAAAAAUUACAGAAUUAUGCUGCUCAAGUCGAAGUUUCAGACAAUUUCCGGAAUAAUUCCGUUACUUUAUCUACUUUCUACAUUUGGAUUGUCCAUUUGAAUCGAUUGACAGAAAUGAAUACUCGACUUGAGGUGGAAAUUAACCGAAAGAAUUUGGCACUUUUACUCAACUAUUUGAAUAAUUGGAGUAUGAGAAUUUUAAAGAGUAGAAGGAACUAUGAAGCUGUUCAAGUCUUUCGGAACCGUUGGGACCGUGCCACUGUGAGGGGUUUACUAUUAGUUUGGAGAACUCGUGUAGAACAUUCUCCAGGGAGACAGGAAAUUGUGCAACAAGAUUUCGAAGUAAAAACCCCCAUAAAAAAGUUAUCACCUAAAGGUAGUAACACAAUUCCAGGUUCGGAGGGAGUGAAAAUGCACCGUAUUGAAGCCAUGAAGUCGCACUAUAGUAGAGUAAGAAGGGCAAUACCGAGCCCUGUGAAAUCUUCGCUAUCACUGAAUUCUACCGCCAAGAAAAAAAUUGAAAAUGAAGAGGACAAUGUCUUUUUUAGCUCUAAACAGAAGCAGCAGCAGCAAAAUCAAAGAUUGCCACCGCCUCCAAGGCUAUCACUAGAAAGAAUCAAUAAGAAUUUAGCCUCCAAAAUUGAUAGAAUUAAUUUCGAGAGAAUCCCAGAAGUAAGGCUGGAACCUUUUAUUAAUUCAGAUUCUCAAUUUAACCCAAUUAUCGAUAGAUCUUUACUCAAAGUCGAAGAGGAUGAAGCCGAAUUCGAUGAAUCGCCAACUAGAAGGUCAUAG